AUGAGUUCAUUUAAAAUACUUGAAGAUAAAGCUGCAGGACAUGAUGGAACUUUGACCGACAACGAUGGAUUAUUGAUCUUUAAACCUUUAAAUGAACAGGAACUACAAUUCUACCAAAAGAUUCAAUCAAGAUACCAAAAUCGAAACGUAAAUAAUACUGAACAUAAUGGGUUGUAUUGUGGUGAAGCUGAUGAUGAGAAUGAUGAUGAUGAAAUACCGUUACAAACUUGGAUGCCUACGUUUUUGGGUGUUUUAAAUGAGGGGAAACAAAUGGAUACCCAUGGCAAUCAUUCUUACUCUAGUACCAGUGGUAAUAUGACUAUUAUACCAGAUGAUUCAGAUAUUCAUUUACAGACUAUACAAAUUGCAAAUCCAUUAAACAAUGAUAGUAGUGGUGCUGGUGAAAAAAGAUAUCUUGUGUUAGAAAAUUUAUUGGCUGGGUUCAAUAAGCCAAAUAUAAUGGAUAUUAAAUUAGGCAAGAUAUUAUAUGAUGAAAAUGCUUCGCUGGAUAAAAAACAGAGAUUACAGAAUAUAUCAAAUACAUCAACUUCUGGAUCACUUGGUUUUAGGAUAUGUGGUAUGCAACUACAAAAAAAUUCUGCUUUUAAUUUAGAUCCAAAAUAUUUUGACACUAGAAAAACUACAAACGGUACCACCGACAAUGAGUCCAUCGAGUAUAUUCUGGUCAAUAAAAUAUUUGGUCGGUCUAGAACAAUAGAUAACAUUAAAGAUGCUAUUACACUCUAUUUCAAUAAUCAAAAUUUAUCCAAGAGAAGAAUAAAUAUUUUAAUAGAUAUGUUUUUAACUAGGUUACAAUUGUUCUAUAAUACCUUAUUGAGUGAAGAAGUUAGAAUGAUUUCAAGUAGCUUAUUAUUUAUUUAUGAGGGUGAUCAUAACAGAUGGGACCUUAAGAAUGAUGAAGAUGAUGUACUAAAUAAUGUAUUUAUUGAAGAUGAUUCUGAUAUGGAAGAUGAUGAAGGUGUUGAUGAUACAGCGGAGUUGAUGAAAAAUUCUCAGAAGUAUCCUUUAAGUUCUAUGACUUUGAUUGAUUUUGCUCAUUCCAAGCUAACUCCAGGGGAGGGUUAUGAUGAAAAUGUGAUAGAAGGUGUUGAAAGUUUAAUUAACAUUUUCAUUAAAAUAAAGGAGGAAAGCACAUGA